CUCAAACGUGGAGGGAAGGACGCGGAGUGGGACGCUCGCAGCUGACUGCGCGGGUCCAUUGUUAGUGUGCUGAAAUUUACUGCUCUGUCGACAUUUAAGGGCAUUUUACCUCAGUGCUGGACUGAAAGGGAGGGUCUGUUUGUUUCUCCAGGAGUCUUCAAGAACAGAGUCGGCGGUUGAAAGGACAUUAAAGUGUGAGAGGAUCUGGCCAUUCAACACUAGUGUGAGACCCUGGUCCUUGUAAGCAACAGCAGGAGCCAAGGCACCCACACCUUAGGAGGAGGGAAUGAAACCGGAUGGGGUUACCAUGGAAACCACUGAGCCCACUGAAGGUGCAGCAGGUGUAGCAGAGCCCUCCUCAUUGCAGGAAAACAUACCAGAGCAAGCCCCAUUGCAACCAGAGGAAACUGCAAAUAAUGCAGCCCCCGGGACUGCUCCGAAGGCCAGUGUCAAGUCAGUGGCAGCAAAAGUCAAACCAAAAGCUGUUGCAACUAAAACACAGCCCACAGCCAAUUCUGCAGGGGCCUCAGGACCCAACUCACGGCCAGGUACUGCCGCUCACCGCACGGUGAACGAUGUCAGAUCUUCUAACAGUGUUUCUGCAGCUGCAGUGAAGAAAACGGCAACAACAACAACAGCAGCUGCAAAAUCGGCAGCAGCGGGCGCUGUACCUAAAAGACCAGUAGGUGUGGCAGCAGUUUCCUCCACAGUCAAGAACCAAACUAGAGUGCCUGACAGGAAGCCUGUUGGACCGGCCAGGACUACCUCUGUUGCUGCUGCCACAGUAACAAAUGGUACCAAACCAACAACAGUGAAUGGCACUGCUAAGAAGAGACCAGUUGCUGAGACUGUUAAUGUAGCUAGACCCAAAACCACUGUUUCUACCAGCAGACCAGCGGCGUACGUCGCCCCUAAACCCAGCACUUCGACCACAACAAAAGCUGGUGCUGCUGCUGUUUCGAAGACCACCAGGCCUGCAACAGCUCCCUCAACAUCUCGACCUGCAUCCACAACAUCCAGGCCUACCACAGCUACAAUCAAGCCAUCCACCACUGCAACUGCCAAAACUGCUGCUUCUAGAGUUACCACAGCAUCCUCUACUGGCAGGGCCACAGCAGCACAGCCUCCCAAAACUGUUGCUGCUAAGAAAGAUGUCAGUCGACAACCAUCUGCUACAGUGGCUAAGAAGCCUACAACAGCUACGACAUCCACUGCUACCAGAAAACCCGAAGCCUCUAAACCCACAGCAACCGUAAAGGUCAACUCUGCCUCCAAAUGGUCCACAACAGCAAAGACAGCAGACACAAAGGUGACACAGUCCAAAAGUCAACAGCCUGUGAAAUCUACUCCCUCAAAGAAACCUGUAGCUGCUGCUCAGUUCCCUGCCCUCAACAAACUGCCCCUUGGCCGAACCCCACCUGCCUCUCCAGCCACCAGACCUGCACAUAGCACCACCCCUCAGGCAAAACGUGGCACCAAACCGACUCAGGCUGUCACACCUUUCACUUCAGCCAAGAAGACAGUGGUUACAAAUACUACAGCACCUGCUGCAGAAGUGCAGAGUUGUGGUAGUGCAGCGGUAGCAGCUGCGACUGUGCUAGCAGAAAGACAAAUGGAAGCAACGGUGUCCUCAGCACAUGAAUCAUCCCUUGCUGCCACUGCAUCAGAGGAGGUCCCACCCCAAGUCUUGGCCCAGGAUACCACACCAGAGGUGGUACCUCAAGAGACUGCUCAGAACCAUGCAGCUGCUUCCUCUCCUUCACAAAGCCCUGUCAGGACAGCCUUACCACAUACAUCUCCACCCCAGGAGCAGAUAGAAAGCAGUGUUCCCUUACUAACAACACAGGAGCAGACGCCUGCCACAGCUGAGCCUACAUUACCACCAGUGGCCUCCCCUCCUGACCUAUCUGAAGAACCAGCUUACCUGUUGACAGACCAAACCCCCUCCACAUCUAAAGCCCUCCCAUCAGCAGCAAGUGGCAUCAAUCAGAUCGUUCCUCCCACCAAUCUAAAUGAAGUGGAGGAUGAAGAGGAGAGGGAGGGAAGCCAGCAGGUUUCUGUGUCUGAAAUGAGCGGAACCACACAGCCCACAGAGGAGUCUCGUCCUGGGUCAGCUGGACCAGUAGGAGGGUCUGCUUGGAGGGCUGGUGGCGCCUUGCUCUCUGAGCUGGACUCUGAGGAGGUAAGCGGCAGCCAGCAGGGUGCGUCUGAAUUGAGCGCCCCUGGUGUCUUAGAGGGCACAGAGAGCAUGGAUGAUCUGGGAGAUGGCAGUCUCAAAGGAGCCAUUGACAUGGAAGGAGCCUCAGCUGGUUCACCAGACUUUGAGAAGGUCCCUGACAUACCAGUAAAUGACUUUGAUGAGGACGAAGAUGAAGAUGAUGACAAUGAUCGGGUGUGUGACAUGGAUGUUGGCUCAGAGCGGGCAGAUGAACCGCAGAGACCCAGGCAUGACAAUGAUGUGGAUGAUGAUGAAGAGGAUGAAGAUGUAGAGAUGGCUAGUGAGGGGAUAACAGAGAGUGGGCUGGAAAGCUAUGGGAAUGCAGAUGAGGAUGACUUUGCUGAGGAUGAAAGGCUGGACAACUUGAACAGAGUGGCCCAGCCACCACCUCCCCCUCCUCUGCUGCCCUCUGCGCCUGCUGCUCAGUGGGACCAACCAAACCCCUUUGCUGAUCCCUGGGCAGAACCUCUUCAGCCACAGCAGGUUCUUGAGCAUGCCUCCCAGCCACAGGUGGCAGGAGCAGCUGCAGCAAGCCCUUUGGUAGACCCCUGGCAAGCAGAGUCUGAGACCCCAACUCAGACCCCAGCGCUAGCCCAAGCCUGGCUAGAACUAGGCUCUGGUCCAUUUGCUUCUGAAAACCAAGACGUUCCCGAUCAUUCCUCUGUGAAAGACAAACCACAAAAUCUCGAGGCCCAAAUGUAUAUGGACCAAUCCAGCACAGUCCCAAUGCAGACCCUGGUCCCGGCUCCCCCCUCUGCUCCAGGAAUGUCUCUGUCAAGCACCCUGAGCAGUGAGACCAGCACACCUGAGGAACUUGGUGACUACAGUCGAGAUGGGAAGUUCCAGCCUCAGGAUGUGCAAGCGGUGGUGCUGUCCCCACAGCCUGACCUGGACUACCAGGACCUGGGCAUCCACUUGGAGAGAGGAGAUGGAGAGGGAGAGGAGGAGCCUGAGGCUGAGACCCUGCCUGCUGAUGAGGUCAUGGGAGGCCCUGCAACUGCCCCCACUUCCAACCCCACCUCAUCCUCAGUAACAGAAGAUGAGGCCAGCGACACAGAGGGAGAAGCUCAGUUGGAUGAUUCCUUGGAGUGUCCAGCGGUCAGCAACAUAAUCUUUGAUAGCCAGCCUGCAGCCCAGCGCUGCCUGUCCACUGUGGAAGAGGGAGAGGAGGCUGAGAUGGAGGAGGUGGAAGGUGUUGCAGGUGAAGACACCACCCCACCUUCGGCUACGUCGUUGGCAUCUUACGGCUUUGACACCAUGACCACAGCUUCAAACUCCAACGCCCAGUCCACAGGGGAGAGUUGCAUCAAGAGCCCUGGCAUCUUCUCCCUGGAGGAGCUGCCUGAGGAGGCCAAGGAUCCCUGUCUGAUCCCACAGCCUCACAUGCAGCCAUGCCUUUCAGAGCAGCAGUACAUCGAAUGUGGGAAGCAGGAAGCGGAGUCUGCUGAGCAUGUCAGGGAGGACGUGGUGGGGCCAGAGGAAGCCAUAGAUCCGUUGUCAACGCUUAGCACUUUGCAGCAACCAGAGGAAAAUCCAGAUGACAUCCAGCCUCCCUACUAUUCUGCUAUCUGUGAAAAGACUGAGAACUCUUUUGCAGGUAAUGUAUAGUUCAUCAUCUUCCUUACAGCCCAAGUAAUGUCCCCUAACUCACUCUGGCCCUGUUCUAGCUUCCCACAAUAUCUCACUGUUGUCGUCCUCAUCAUUAUUGUUUGUUCUGAAAUAUAUGGGGGUGGAUUUAAUUAAAGAUUAACAAAAAAGAAAAAACAGAGAGCAAAAAAAAAAGGGAAGAUAUAAAAAAAGAGGACAGCAGCGAUACUUCCCUCUGAUAUAACAUUUCCAUGAUGAGUAUAUGGCUUAAAUUCCUGUAUGUGCAAUAGCUACUACUAUUUACUCCUAAUGUGUGAGCGUGCCUGGGUUUUGGUUUCUGUUUUAUUUAACACAGCAUUAUGUGGUUGUCAUGAACUGGCAUGGAUUUGACUUGACUGUUUACAGCUCAGUAGAAAUGAAGCAUCACAAAAGAAAUGUGGAAUGAACUGUUUAACAUGUUUUCAUGUGUACUCAUCCCAAUACAUUUUACUGAACAAAGCUGAAAACUGAAAAUGAGUUUUGAUUGUAUAUUCCUGUUUGAUUUGGCUGUCCUACCUUACGAUACAGGCAAUCUUCCUUAUAUCCCAAAUCACUCCUCUUCUUGCACUUUAAAUUGUAACCCAACUUUUUCUCUUGUGUUUAUCCAUCUUUUGGAGUAAUGAAUCUUAAUACUUUAAAUAAAGAUUAGAUUUUUACCAUGA